CUGGGUCCUGGGGACGGGGCGCGGGGCCCCGGGCGGAAGGCGCGGUGUGGGCCGGGCCGGCCUCCAGCUCGGCCUGCCCGCCAGGGUGCACGCAGCUCCCGCGCUGGGCCACGAGGCCUGGCCCGCCCUGGAAGGCGCUGCCCCUGCUGACCUCUCGUGUCCCGAGCGAGCUCGUGUUUGCCUAAACCCGAGCCGGACUUCUGAACUCGAUCUGCCCGGAGCUGGCUCCCGGGGGCACCUGUAAAACAGGAAAUGUAGGCGUUGCUCUCGGCAAAUCUUGCUCCUCGCCGAGCCUCGUUUUUUGCCUUUUUGUAAAGUUGAAGUCAGGUUUUAACCUCCCAGGAGCAGGCCUGGCAGGUAGAAUCGCUAAAGGCAGCGUCACGGGGAAUGUAACAGGUUCUCGGACGAGGUGGCAAGAUGGCGUUCGGUCAGGACUUGGAGAGAGAAAGUGUAUUUUGCAGGGCGCCGGGGCUCACGCCCUACAGAGGUGCGAGGCCUCAUCCGACUGGGGAGGGAGAAGAGAGGAAACUGGGAAGAUGAUUCCGAGCCACGUUGUGGAGCGCUUUUAAAAAAAAAAAAAAUAAGGAUUAUGAUUUCUUUGAAAGGCCGAGUUAGAAUCUUCCAUCCGUUGGUUCACUCCCCAGAUGAUCGCAGUGGGUGGGCUCUGCGAGGGGUAAGCCAGGAGCCUGGACUCCACCCAGGUCUCCCACAUGGGCGCAGGGGCCGUCCCGGGUGCGUUAGCGGGGAGCUCCACCGGAAGGGGGCAGGUGGCAGGUGGCGUCUUAGCCUGCUGCGCCACAAGCUGGCCGGGCGAGGUUGGGUUGGGCGGCUGUGCUCGUUGAUGUCAGAGCGAGAAGUGAGUAGAUUGAGAUGUGAUCCCGGGGCUGUGCCUGCUUCACCACAGCGCCGGCAUCCCGUAUCGGCUCUGGUCUGAGUCCCGGCUGCUCCACUUCUGAUCCAGCUGCCUGCUAAUGAGCCUGGGAAAGCAGCAGCAGAUGGCCCAAGUCCUUGGGCCCCUGCACCCACAUGGGGGACCGGGAGGCAGCUCCUGGCUCCAGCUCGGCCCAGCUCUGCCCCUUGCAGCCAGCAGGUGGAAGACGUUUCUCUCUCUCUGUGACUCUUGAACAACAACACAGAAAAGCUGUGACCACCGUGGUUUGGGCGGUUCACUCCGUGUUUGUGUUGUUGAGGUCUACACACGGAAGCUCCAGGAGCUGUGUGUCCUGGGCUCUCCGGGGUUCUGACUGACGGCGUGUCCUCUUGUCUGGGAGCCAGUGACCCUUAGUCCUGGUUACCAUGGGCUACGUCAGUGCUUCUCGGGCGUCGGCAGACCCCCUGCAGGCCUCGGGCAGACCUGGGAGUCUGAGGCGCUGGCCCCCUCCUCGGUGGACUGGAAGCCCCCCCGCCGGCUGUGAUGCUCUGCCCUUGGGUCUGUGCGCUCCAUACCGAAACAGACGCCCUCGAUUUUUGCUCCAGACGAUACUGUCACGGCUCUGGAGUCGCUGUGGUAGAAAUCUCCCCGCCAGGCCACCAUGGCUGCCCGCCUGGUGAAGCGGUGCACGUGCCUCCUGAGAGAGGCCGCCCGCCUCGCCCCUGCCGCGGCCCCGGUGAGCCGGCUUCGCCUUGCCGGGGUGGCCCAGAAGGCCCUGACCUCCCCGGCCGCCUGCUUCAGCUCCCACUCCCCGGGUUCCUUGACGGAGCUGGUGGAGAAGGAGCAGGUGUUCACCCCCUACCCGGAGCACCCGGAGGUGGACCAGCUCAUCGAGAAGGCCACCAGGCCGGGGCAGCUUCUGGAGCUGCUGGGUGGCGGUCACAGCCUGCACCACAACCACCCGGCCAUCAUGCUCAUCCGAGUCGCUCGCCUGCUGGCCGAGAAGCCGGAGGACAAGGCCUCGCUGAGGCAGGACGCCCGCUUUCAGCAGCUCCUCCAGCUGGUCAGCAGCCAGAUCAGCUCCGUGUGGCACGGGACCCUCGUGAGGCUGCUGCGGAGCCUGUAUGCGCUGGAGCUGCCUGAGGCUUCCAAGGAGCUGCGGUCGGUGGAGCAGGAAGUGCGCUGGCGCAUGCGGAGGCUCAGGUACAAGCACCUGGCCUUCCUGGCCGAGGCCUGCGCUGCCUCCACGCGGGAGCCGCACUCCCAGGAGCUGCUGGCCGAGCUGCUCGUGCACCUGGAGAGGCGCUGGACAGAGAUCGACGAUGGCCGCACGGCAGUGACCUUGAUGAUGAAGGCAGGGCACCUCUCAGAGUCGCUGAUGAACCGCCUGGAAGACAAGUGCCUGGAGCUGGUGGAGCAGUUUGGCCCCGAAGAGAUGAGGAAGGUGCUGGUGACGCUGGCGGCACAGGGCCGGCGGUCGGUGCCCCUGCUGCGGGCCAUCUCCUACCACCUGGUGCAGAAGCCCUUCCCGCUGACCAAGAGUGUGCUCCUGGACCUGACCUACGCCUACGGCAAGCUGAGCUUCCACCAGACCCAGGUGGCCCAGCGCCUGGCCACUGACCUGCUGCCACUCCUGCCCAGCCUGACCCCCGCCGAGGUGGCCCGCUGCGCCAAGUCCUUCGCCUUCCUCAAGUGGCUCAACCUGCCCCUGUUCGAGGCCUUUGUCCAGCACAUCCUGAACAGAGCCCAGGACGUCACCCUGCCUCAACUGUGCAGCGUGCUGCUGGCUUUUGCCCGCCUGAACUUCCGUCCAGAGCGAGAGGAGGAGUUCUUCAGCCUGGUGCACGAGAGGCUGGGGCCGGCGCUGGCGAGCCUGGAGCCGGCUCUGCAGGUGGACCUGGUGUGGGCUCUGUGUGUGCUGCAGCAGGUGCGGGAGGCACAACUCCACGCUGUCCUCCGCCCUGGAUUCCACAGCCCGCUUCUCGGGGCCAGGUCUCCUAAGGACCAGAGCACCUUCCAGAAGCUGCUGCACAUCAACGCCACGGCCCGCCUGGAGCACCCCGAGUAUUCCGGCCCCCUGCUGCCGGCCCUGGCCGUGGCCCCCAGGCCCCCGGCCCCCGACCAGAAGGUGACCCCCUUGCAGAAGGAGCUGCAGGAGACGCUGAAGGGGCUGCUGGGGGGCGCCGACCGGGGCAGCUUCGAGGUGGCCACGCAGUACGGCUGGGUGCUGGACGCAGAGGUGCUGCUGGACGCCGACGGUCAGUUCCUGCCUCUGAGGGACUUUGUGGCACCUCACCUUGCCCAGCCGGCUGGGGGCCAGCCGCUGCCCCUGGGAGCUAAGAGGCUCGCCUUCCUGAGGUGGGAGUUCCCCAGCUACAACAGCCGCAGCAAGGACCUGCUGGGCCGCUUUGUCCUGGCCCGGCGCCACCUGCUGGCCGCAGGCUUCCUGGUGGUGGAUGUCCCCUACUACGAGUGGCUGGAACUCAAGUCUGAAUGGCAGAAGGGCGCCUACCUCAAGGACAAGAUGCGCAAAGUGGUGGCCGAGGAGCUGGCCAAGUGAUGCGUGGCGCCGGUGUGCACGGCACACCCAGGCCUGGCUCUGGACCCCUGGUGGGCAGGAGGUGGCAUCUGAGCGCUGGGCCUGCUCCGAGUGAGAGUUGCCCAGCAGCUCAGGGACUUGCGGUUCCCUCGUGGGCAAUAAAUUAAAGAAUUCAUUGUCACUCA